AUGUGGGAACAUCGGAACUCGGUGCAACAUUUGGAGGACAACGUACAGCUACGCGAAUGUAGCCGAUUGGUGAACGACGGUAUACACUCUCAGUUUGAUAUGGGCCCAACCGACCUCCCUAAGGUAGUUCAACGCAUGCUCGCUGUGAAACGCCGAACUGUGUUGAACAAGCCGUUGGUCAAUAGGGAAGAGUGGCUGAAGCUGGUCAGAAUGGAACGCACGGCCUAUCGCCGCGCUCUGGCGCCCCAACGCCGUAUCCUUCACGGCUUCUUCCAUCCGGCCCAGGCCCCCUGA